AUGUGGAUGCUCCUCCGUCGGCCGACGCUUCUUGGGCGACCACAGCGAAGGUCGGUGUCUACGUUGACACCACCACCACCACUGGCGGCAGCAGCAGCAGCAGCGAAAGGAGGAGCAUCAACAACGACAGCAGCCCUACCGCAAAAGAAAUCCAGGGAGAAGGACUUCGGCAUUGCCGGCCUACGUUGCAGCGACCCGGCCGGCAUUGAGCAGUUCUUCCUGCAGCGACUUGCCCACGUGAUGGGUGGCACUGCUGGAGGACCGAAAACAGCCCCUCUGUGGGCCUCACUAACCGAUGUAGACACUGAGGCUGAAUACAACAGCACUGGUCCCACAAGGGAAGAAGUACGCUAUCACAGGCGCCUCAGCUCCCGCUUCACCAGCCUGUGCGACCAGGGCAAGUCGCACGGUACCGCUGAGGUCGCUUUCCACACGCUCCACAGUGACGUUCAGCGGCGUGUGCGGUGGGCGCGUGACGCGCUGCGGAUCCUGCAGGACGCUCUUUCACAGCAGCCUUGCCGUGAAGGUGGCGCAGUGCCGCGACGACUUGUGGUGCUUCUGUUGUACUCGCACACGCAGCACGACGCCGCGGUGGGGCUCCACAUGAAACGGAUCCGCGACACCGUCAAGGCGAUGCUCGCAGAGCAGCAUGAGGAGGUUCUGGGUGUCUUGACGGUUGUGGUUGGGGCGAAGUGGCGGGGUCUUGCAGUAGCGGGUGCUUCUGCGGGUUCAGCAGACGAAGAAAUAAAUGAUACAUCCUUCCGCGAUGACACGCUGUGGUAUCCUUACGCGGGUCUGUACACUUUCAAUGCGUUGCUGCAGUGUCUCUGCAUGGUUGGAUUGGAAGCGGACGGAUCGGAUAUUACGCAAACCUCCAUCAAAUUGCACCGGAAAAUUGUAGUUGUCUCGGAAGGGUGGUUUCACGUGCGUACAGCAGCUGAAAUGCAUCAGCCGCGGAGUUCGUUGUCAGUGGCGCAUGGUGAUACGAUUGAUGUGGAGCCAAUGCCGUUUGUCCUGGGCAGUACGCACAGCGAGGAGGAACUGCUGCAGUUUGCUCGCUACACUGCCUGCCGAGCGCUGGCGUGA